AUGGCAAGACAAAUCGCAGCGCUUGCUACAGUCCUUGUCGCCGGACUGGCACUUUUUCUUUCCCAGCGAACAAGGCCCCUGACUCCUCAGCUACCUCGAGUCAUCGGUCGCAACAACACAGUCCUGUUCGUCACGCAGUCCGAAAACGGUAUGUCGAACGUCCUGACGUCGACGGCGCACGCGUUGUUGGAGCACCACCCCCAGAUCCAUAUCCACUAUGCCUCUUUCGCAGACGUCGCUCCCCGGCUUGAGCGCAUCUCCUCUGACGCCCGGACAAAGACAGCGGCCGCACGGGAGAUCGUGUUCCACGAGAUCCCCGGGCAGUCGUUGGCGGACAUCAGUCCCGGCAAGACAAGACCGAUGGCGACUAUGAUUUUUCCCCCUGGCCGAGAAGGCAUUGAGGCAAUGAUGGGGUCUGGCUUCCCCUAUCCAGUUCCAUGGAGCAAGAUACCGGAGAACAUCUACCUGAACAUGCGCUUAGCCUACGCCAUGUUGACCGUGCCGGAUGCCAAGGCCAAGCAGGAUUUCCUUAAGUCGAAGGGCCUCACCAAGCAAGCCACCAUGGUUGAAAGUUACUCUCCCCAUGCCCCCUGGUUCGCGCAGAACUUAGAGGGGGCCGCUCGCCCGCUGGCCGUGAUCCCGCAGAACGUGACGGCCACGGGUCCCAUGUCCAUAUCGCUUGCUCCAGCCGCGGAGCAAGACCCGGAAUUAACUGCCUGGCUUGCGCAAGCACCCAACGUGAUGAUCAAUCUUGGCAGCGCGUAUGUCUACGACGAGCCUCAUGCAGCCGCUAUGGCUCAGGCCCUCGUUGGCUUCCCCGACGGGACUAGCUUCCAGGUGCUGUGGAAGUUUCGGAAGGAUCUAAGUGAUGACUACAGCGACGAUUUCGCCGUGGCGCUGCGCCCUUUCAUCGCCAGCGGCCGUGUGAGGAUGGAAAAUUGGCUGGCGACCGAUCCCACGGCCUUGUUGGAGAUGGGACAUAUUGUCGCUUCGGUCCACCACGGCGGUUCGUGCUGUUAUCACGAGGCUAUCAGCGCCGGAGUGCCCCACGUAGUCCUCCCAUGGUGGGCCGAUCACUACGACUUUGCCCAGAUGGUCGAGGACAUCAAUGUCGGCGUCUGGGGCUGUCGGGAGACGAGCCCUUACUGGACGCCCGACUGCCUUCGAGACGCCUUUCGCAAGGUCGCGGAAAGCGCCCAGAUGCGUGACAAAGCGAAGAAGCUGGGUGAGGUGGCCAAGAGAGGCCCCGGGCAGUAUCUGGUAGCGCGCGAGAUCGCGAAGCUUGCUGCUGCUGGAAAGGGGGUGUAG